AUGUUACAAAUAUUAUUUGCUGCUUUUAUUACAUUAUACUUGUUCUACGAGUUUUAUUGGAAAAGAAGAAAUUUCCCGCCAGGUCCAACACCUCUUCCAAUCGUCGGUAACCUGUUGGAAGUGUUGUUGAAAAGUCCCGGCUAUGAGGCUUAUCAGAGGUGGAAAAGAGAUUUUGGAGCGGUGCAUACAUAUUGGAUUUGCGGUCUCCCGAUUGUUUCAAUUGCCGACUAUGAAAUCAUCAAAGAAACCUUUAUAAAAGACGGGGAAAAGUAUGUGGAUCGUUGGUUCUUUGGGGAUUUCAUGAAAGAUUUCAAAGGUGGCGAUCUCGGGGUGAUCAGCUCACAGGGAGAUUUGUGGCGAGAACAAAGGCGCUUGACUCUGCAUACUUUACGUGAUUUUGGAAUGGGUAGAAAUAUUAUGGAAGAACGGGUGAUGAUCGAGGUGGAUUUUCUCCUUGAGAGACUCGCCACGCAAAAGGAAAACGUUUACAUGCAGAAUGAGUUCGACAUCGCCGUUGGCUCGGUGAUCAACAAUAUUCUUUUCGGAUAUCGUUUUGAUGAGGAGCAUCUUCACGAGUUCGACCUUCUCAAAGCGGCCCUUCGUCAACUAGUCUACAAAUUGCAAAACCCGUUAAUCAUUUUGGCCAGCUGUUCUCCAAUAAUCAAAAGCCUUCCUUUUAUAAAUGGUUUUUAUAAUCGUUUGCUUGCCGAUCGAGAUGUCCUUUAUGGAUUCGUACGAAAGCAAAUCGCUGAAAAGAGAAAACAGAUCAAUUAUGGUGUGGAUAGUUCGGAGGAUUUCGUGGAAAGUUAUUUGAAAGAAUGGGAAAGAAAAAAAGGGACGAAACAAGAGGAAUUCUAUUUUGAGCAACAACUUGAGGCAGUGAUUUUCGAUAUUUGGACCGCGGGAAUGGAAACCACCUCAAACACCCUUACUUGGUCAAUUGUCUACAUCAUGAACAACCCGGAUGUGCAAACGAAAAUUCACGAAGAGUUGGAUCGAGUGAUUAAAUCGGAUCGAAAGAUUACAAUGAGCGAUAAAAACUCUCUACCCUACACCAAUGCUGUGAUUAGUGAAGUUCAACGACUUGCCAAUCUUGUUCCUCAAAACCUCUGUCGAUUGAAUUCGGAAGAAGUUGAGAUUAAAGGAUACAAAAUCCCUGCUGGAACCAUUAUGGUUCCACAAAUCUCCAGUGUUUUGUACGAUGAAAAGAUCUUCCCCGAUCCAUACAAAUUCGAUCCAAAUCGUUUCUUGAAACCCGAUGGAUCCUAUCAAAAUCGUCCCGAACUUGUCCCGUUUUCCGUUGGGAAGCGACAAUGUGCUGGAGAGGGAAUGGCGAAAUUGGAACUCUAUUCAUUCCUGGCAAAUCUCUUUCAACGAUUCAAAAUAUCUUCCAAAACCCUUCCUUCGCUUGAGAAAACGAUGGGCACCGUUGUUACAUCAAAGCCAUAUUAUUGUGAUUUUGAGGAGAGGCACAAA